UCGCCAUGGCCACACCCAAGGCCACGCCCCCCGGGGCCUUGGGGACACCUGGAGACGCCCCCAACUCACCUGGAGGAGCCACCGGGGCCCAAAACCCACCUGGAGGGGCCACCAUGGACUCACCUGAGGCACCUGGGGGUGCCACCACCCCCCAAAACUCACCUGGAGACGCCCCCGGGUCCCCCCAGGACUCACCUGGAGGGGCCACCAGGGACACUGGGAGUGUCCCCAGCUCACCUGGAGGGGCCACCACGGCCGUGGACACACCUGGAGAUGCCCCUGGGUCCCCCCAAGACUCACCUGGAGGUGCCACCACCACCCAGGACUCACCUGGAGGCCCCGCCCCCGCCCCCCCGGCCGUGCCCGCCCUUGGUGUGCCCGCUGUGCGCCAAGUCCUUCUCGUCGCCGGCCAAGCUGGCCAUCCACCGGCGGGCGCACACGGGCGAGCGCCCCUUCGCCUGCCCCGAGUGCCCCAAGGCCUUCGCCGACCCCUCGGUGUUCCGCAAGCACCUGCGGGGCCACGCGGGGCUGCGGCCGCACCGCUGCGGCGCCUGCCCCAAGGCCUACGCCGAGCGCAAGGACCUGCGCAACCACCAGCGCUCGCACACGGGCGAGCGGCCCUUCCUGUGCGCCGACUGCGGCAAGGCCUUCGGCCGCUCCUCGUCGCUGGCCUGCCACCGGCGCAUCCACGCCGCCGCCAAGCCCUUCCCCUGCCCCGAGUGCGGCAAGGCCUUCACGCAGCUCUCGUCCUUCCAGAGCCACCGGCGCGUGCACACGGGCGAGCGGCCCUUCCUGUGCCCGCAGUGCGGCCGCACCUUCGCCGACCCCUCCAGCUUCCGGCGCCACCAGCGCGCCCACCAGGGCCUGAAGCCGUGCCGCUGCGGCGACUGCGGCAAGGCCUUCCGGCAGCCCGCCGACCUGGCCGUGCACCGGCGCACCCACACCGGCGAGCGGCCCUGGCGCUGCGGCGACUGCGGCAAGGCCUUCGUGGCCUCCUGGGACCUCAAGCGGCACCGGCUGACGCACUCCGGGGAGCGGCCCUGGCGCUGCGGCGACUGCGGGAAGGGCUUUGGCGAGCGGGCGGCGCUGGGCAAGCACCGGCGCACGCACAGCGGGGAGAGGCCCUUCGCCUGCGGGAGGUGCGGGAAGGGCUUCGGCGGCGUCUCGGGGCUCCGCAAGCACGAGAGGACGCACGGCAGGAGGGACGGCGAGGGGCGGGACGAGGCGGGCGGGGGGAGCGACGCCGGCGGCGCCGGCGGCGCCGGAGGGAACGGUGCGGUCGCCCCGAAGGAGGAGAGCGAUGUGGGGGGGCCCAAUGUGGCGGCACCCUGCGGGGGAACCAAUAUGGCCGCCGGUGUGAGGGGAGCCAAUAUGGCCGCCCCCGGUGUGGUGCUCACCAACAUGGCGGCGCCCUGUGGGGGAACCAAUAUGGCUGCCGGCAUGAGAGGAAGCAAUAUGGCCGCCCCCGGUGUGAUGCCCACCAACGUGGCCGCUCACUGCGGGGGAGCCGACGGGGCCGAGGGCGGUACCAACAUGGCCGCCCCCAGCAGGGAAAGCAGUGCGGCCCACCUCAAUAUGGCUGCCCCUGCCAGGGGGAGCAAUAUGGCCGCUGCAAACAUGGUUGGCCCCAAUAUGGGAGAAACCAAUAUGGCCGCCCCAAAUAUGGUGCCCAGUGUAGGGGACAUCAGUGUAGCCCCCAAAACGAUGGCCCUCGCCAAUAUGGCGGCCACCGUGAGGGGAAGCAGCGCGGGGGGUCCGAAUAUGGCGGUGGCGCCCUCUGGAGAAAACAAGAUGGCCGCCUUCGGGGGAAACGACGGGGGGGACCCCGGCGGAGGGUCCAACAUGGCCACCGGCCUGAGGGGAGCCAAUAUGGCGCCCGCCAACAUGGCCGCCGCCAACAUGGCCGCCUCCAUGGGGGAAACCAACACGGCCGCCGCCAACAUGGCGGAAUCCAACAUGGCCGCCCCACCGGGGCCCCGCCCCUUCCCCUGCCCCCUCUGUGGGCGGAGCUUCGCGUCGGGGGCGGGGCUGAGGCGGCACCAGCGACGUCACGACCCCGCCCCCUCCCCGAUGGCCACGCCUCCAUCGCUGUAGCCACGCCCCUUCUUCUCUGAUGGCCACGCCCCCGCGGGGGUGGGUAGGGGUGGGAUGGGCGGGGUCUGGUUUUGGCCACGCCCUCUUUUGUUGGUGACGUCACAAAUAAAGGAUGAGACGAGU